GAGCUGCAGCUGGAGACAAUCAGUUCAUUGAGCAGUGAUUGGCUGCAGGUUCUAAUAAAUACCUGCUGGCACACACAGAGCCAGGAGCUGCAGGCUUGUUGGGACCAGAAAUGACUUGUGGACUUGGUUUAGGGAUCUUUCUGGUUUUCUGGGUUCAAGCAGAGCGUGUAGGUUGUUUCUGGACUAAAGAAGCUCAGAAUCUCCAGAACAGCAACACACAUGUUGGCUUUCCACCACCAACUGUCAGAUUGAUCAAAUCUGGCAGCUAUCCCCAGAACCAAGGCAGACAAGGCUUCAGUUCUCCACAUAUGGUCCAGAGCAGUAGCUCCAACACUGGUCCUGCAGUUCACACUGGUUCUGGUCCUGCAGUUCACACUGGUUCUGGUCCAGGACUCUCCACCAGGAGCUCAGCGCAUGUUUCCCAGCCAGCUCUGAGUUCAGUCAGAUUGGUGCAGAGCAGGCCAAAGUCUUUUUCACCCAGGGCUAAAGGUCCAAAAGCAGCGAAGCAGUCCUCUGACCUCAUAGAGGAGAAGCAACAUAAGAACCAGAAGAACCCCUCUAGGGGCAGCAAAACUCCAAAGAAGGGAAAGCAUUCCAGCAAAACUGAGUCUCAACAAGGUUCUAAGAAACGCAACUUAAUCAAUCCAGGUUCUCUCCUCUCUGCAGCACAAGCACUUUCCAAGGUUGCUUCUAAUAUCCCUUUUUACCACAGAGAAGUGGGCUCCUCGUCCAGUCUGUAUGACCCUGUGGCUCCUGGACAUUCUGUGCAGACUCAAACGUACGCUCGUAGUCCUGCCAAGAGGUUAUCUUCAAACCGUAAAUCUAAGGCCACGAGUGUCUUGCCUCAAACCCAGGAUAGGAGACCACCUGUGGGUCAUGAAGGAGGGGCAAGUCCCAGAAGCUGGCCCCAGACCUACAAAAUCAGUCGUGGUCCAGCUGUCCCCAGGAGCAGCAUUAAGGGAACUCCUGUUCAAAGUUUUGCUACAGUUUACCAGAUUCCUGAGCACUUUGGUGGCUUUGGUAUCAGACGACUGAGAAAACCUGCCCAGAACCAAGUGACUGUGUCAAAGCUUCAGACCCCCACAGCUGCUCCUCAACAGAAACCCUUCAGUCCCCAAAGUGGUUAUCCAGAGGUCAGGUGGACCAGGGUCAAGAUCUAAUGGGGUUUUCUAAAKGACUACCCCACCAGGUGGAUCUUAAUAUCUUGAAAUAAAAAGCUAAUUUUUCAUGGAGUA